AUGACAGGUCUGUUAAAGAAACAUAGCAUUAUUCACAAGGUGGUGACGGCUUACCAUCUUCAAACCAAUGGGCAAGCCGAGGUGUCUAACAGAGAGAUCAAGCGCAUACUGGAGAAGGUUGUCAAACCUCAUAGAAAGGACUGGAGCUCUAGGCUUGGAGAUGCGCUUUGGGCUUAUCGGACAGCUUACAAGACACCCAUCGGAAUGGGUCCAUUCCGCCUAGUCUACGGAAAGGCUUGUCACCUUCCAGUGAAGGUGGAACACAAAGCUUACUGGGCUGUGAAGGAAUGCAACUCAGGAUUGGGGGGAGCCGGGAUUGAAAGAAAGCUGCAACUACAAGAAUUGGAGUGCCUUCGACUAGAAGCCCCCAACUUCUUCAAAGUCAAUGGCCACCGCUUGAAGCUAUAUCAUGGUGAGGAAAUGAAGAACAACAAAGAGCUGGAGAUCUUCUUCUUGGCGGAUCCAGCAACAGAAGAAGAUUGA